AUGGAUAAUCAACAACCAACAAUACUAUCACUGCCACAUAUCGUGGUGAAGGAUAUCAUGUCAAAGGCUUAUGAUAAUACUGAUAGGAUAUGCUUUGUACUGGCGUGCAAGACAUUGUAUGAACAUAGAUCAAAGUACUUGUUGUUCUCAGUGGAUACAUUCCUCAACGCCUAUCACUCUGCCGACUACUACCUCAAUCAACGUUAUCGUCUACAUGCCUUUUCCAAUCAGAUCAUUCAAUCAAUAUCUUAUCAUCAUAAUACUACCACUACAACUUCAUCAUCAAGUAGUAGUAGUAGCAGCAGUAGUAGUAGUUGCAGUAGUAGCAGUAGCAGCAACAGUAACAACUACCUUAGUACAUCAACAAUCACAUCUGGCAACUGCUGUCGCCAUACCUCCCCUUCCUCCCCAUACUCCUCAUCACCCUCAUCAUCAUCCUCCUCGUCCUCCCCAUCCUUCUCUCCCAACUCAUCUCAAUCAAACAUCCCUCAUCCAGUCCACUCAAUCACUGUUCAUUCAAUUGAUCAAGUGAUCAAUCCAGUACCAUCAAGAGAGGGAUCAAUUGGUACACUUACAUUUGGACAUAAGUUCAACUCUCCAUUGCCACCAUUGUCACUGAUACCGGCGUUUAGAGCAUUGGAUACAUUGGUGUUUGGAUGGGCAUUCAAUCAGGACCUGUCCAACGUCCUGCCUAAUGGCCUCAAACACCUGACAUUUGGAUGGCACUAUGAUACCGUCAUCCAGCCCUACACACUGCCCUCAUCCAUCGAAUCAUUGGUCUUUAGCUUCCAUUAUAAUCAACCAUUCCAGACAGACUCCAUCCCACCCAACGUCAAGCUACUGCGUCUGGGCACAAAGUUCAAUCACGCAUUUGCUCGCGGAACACUGCCACCAUCCAUCACUCAGUUGGAGUUUAGUGAUCAUUACAAUCAUGCGAUCGAAUGCGACAUCCUGCCACAAGGCCUCAGCAUUCUAAAGUUUGGCGAGCGAUUCAAUCAGGCGCUGAUACCUGGCUCGCUGCCAACCGGCCUCAAGCAGCUCACAUUUGGCCACGACUACAAUCACAUCAUCCUUCCCAACACCCUGCCCAACGCGCUGAUCGACCUGACGUUUGGCCAUCUCUUCAACAGGCCGAUUGGACUGGACGUGUUGCCGACGCAGCUGCAGGCGCUGCAGUUUGGCGAGAACUUUAUCAGGGAGUUUGAGAAGGGCUCGCUGCCAGAGUCAAUACAACGCAUCACCCUGGGUAGGAAGUACAUCAAGAUCAAUGAGUUCUACGCCAUACCGUCCAACGCUGUGAUCAGACUACAUGAAUGCUCCAUAUCCAUACAUCGCUAUCAUCAACCAUAUGUGCUCAUACUAAGUGGAUGCUUUGAUGGUGGAUUCAUGACAACAAUGUGUCUCAAGCAACUACUAUGUCAUGGUGAUCAGCUCACCUACAUCCUAUGCAAUCAUCAUCAACAGUAA